AUGAAUAACACAUCAAUUGCACUCACUGAAAUCUCCACAAGAGUUUGCUCUAAACUUCCUGUCGGUCAUGGUGCUGCCCUUAUCACCACGAAUACAGCAGUUAGUUUGUUGGGAACGAUUGGAAACUUGCUCGUGUGCAUGGCUUUUGCAACAAACCCCAACCUACGUCGCUCAUCUAACUACCUUCUGGUCACCUUAGCAAUAGCUGAUUUGAUGGCAACAAUGGUGUGUGAACCGCUCUUUUUGGCAAUUCUCGUGAGGAGAACGUUUUCCCAUAGCUGCGCACGGAAUCUGGAGAUCGCUUACUUUUAUGUUUCAAAUUUCUCGGCGUCAGUUUCAGUAGUGAAUAUGGCAGUUAUUAGCAUUGACCGCUUGAUUGCCAUCGCGUUUCCUUUUCGACACAAAAGCAGAAAGGUGGUUCUAAUGAUAAGGGGAAUGCUAACAGCGAGCUGGAUAUUAAUAAUAGCGCUGAAUCUUUCUGCUAAGUUCCUUAAAGCACGUCAAGCGAUCAGGGGUUUCAUCGUUGUGGGGAUCUUUACCAUCAGCUAUGUCAUAAUCUUUGUGUCUUACAUGCUGAUUGUCAUGUGUCUGGUAAGGCAAAAAAGGAGGAGAAGACACCUUGGUGCUCCAUCUGUGAACCUUUCCAGUUAUCGUUAUGAAGCACGCGUGGCUUUCACAUGCGCAAUUGUCAUCUUUGUUUUUACGCCUUGUUGGUUUCCACUGUUCAUAGUGUUCACUGUGACGGGCAAGACGUUGGUAAAGCCGUUUGGAUACGUCCAUUACUGGAUUAGAACCGUAGCUCUGUCAAACUCCGCCAUGAACUUUGUCAUCUAUGGAUCAAGAAUGCCCAACUUUCGCGAUAGCUACAUCGCUAUUUUUCGAAGGAUCGCCAAGUCGCUGCGUACAUCGCCCUGUAGAUCAGACGGAGUAGACUAA